AAAAAAGAAAUAUUCAAAAUUCAGCCAUCCAACAGUGAGCCUUCUCGAAGUGUCUAACUUCAGACGCGACGAUAAGCGGCAUGCGCGCGCCACUGAAAAGAUAGGUUAUAGCGCGAUUGUGUCUCGUUGAUCAUUCCUCCUGUCUUCGUUGAUUUUGUCGAAGAUUAUGAUUAGGUCGGAUUAUCCCUCUGCACUUGUUCUUUACUUUAAUUCUCAAUGGGAUUAAGGAACAGCUGAUUAGUGUUUAAGAGCUAUCAUGUUAUUAGGUGUUCAAUCAUGGAAAAUUUGUCGACACAUAUCAUGCAGCUUUACGUCAAGAUAUUCUGUUGCUAUGUGCUCUGGCUCUCAGAGACUCAAGUCAACAAAAGCUGCAUAUAUGGAAGAACCAAUUCCAUUUCCUGUUGACAAAACUGUUGUACAUAAAAUCAAGAAAGAUCCAUGUCAAGUACAAGUGCCAGAAUGGUCACCUAUAACAGUUGAUUACACUAAACUUCAUGAGCAUUAUCUUAAGUUGUCAAAGAUUAGAUUAACAUCUCUUGUCGUAACCACAACUAUGGCUGGAUAUGCAUUGGCUCCUGCACCAUUUGAUAUUUAUACAUUUACCAUGUGUUCUCUUGGCACAGGCUUAGUCUCUGCUGCAGCAAAUGCAAUUAAUCAAUUUUUUGAGGUUCCUUUUGAUGCACAAAUGUCACGAACAAAAAAUCGUGUAUUAGUACGUGGCCAUCUGACAUCCGUUCAAGCAGUAGCAUUUGCAGCUGUUUCUGGUAUCGUUGGAUUAUCUGUACUUUACUGUCAAGUGAACGGUGUGACAGCAACAUUGGGUGCUAUUAAUCUUGUUUUAUACACGCUCAUUUACACCCCUAUGAAACGUAUUAGUAUUGCCAAUACCUGGGUUGGCUCUGUUGUAGGAGCUAUACCUCCGCUUAUGGGCUGGGCGGGUUGCACCGGUAGUAUCUUGAUGCCAGGUGCUUGGAUUAUGUCCGGUAUUUUAUAUGCGUGGCAAUUUCCACACUUCAACGCUUUGUCGUGGAAUUUAAGACCGGACUAUUCACGCGCUGGUUAUCGAAUGAUGGCCGUUACAAAUCCAAAUUUAUGUCGUAAAACUACUGUGAGGUACACCGUGGCUCUGACGGGUCUGUGUUACUUAGCACCUGUAUUGGACGUGACGAAUUGGUGGUUUGCAUUAGCUUCGACACCACUCAACGCGUACUUCCUUUAUCUAGCUUGGAAAUUCAAUAAUCACUCGGACAGCGCUAAUUCUAGAAAAUUAUUCCGAUUUUCACUGCUCCAUCUACCUCUGUUGAUGAUGUUGAUGCUCACAAGUAAGAAAUAUUGGAGUAUUACGAAAAAACACGAGGACAAAAUUGUGUCUCAUAACGAAUCGACGAGAAAGGAUUUAGUGACAGUUUUGACCGCUAUCGCUCCGGCAACUUCAUCCGUGUAAUCAUAGGUUUGCUGUUGGACUUGAUAGUACAAAUGAAUGUAAAAAUCUCGUUAGACUCAAAAGUUAUGAGAUUUUUACGUUAUCUCGUGUUAGAGAAUUUUGUAAAAUACAAUACAAAACCUGUGGAUCUAAUUAUGCGUUAGAUCAAAUAUUUAUAUAGUCAAUAAAUUAGUGUCAGAUGUUCUUAUUUGACGCCAAAGAUACGAAGUGAGAGACAAAAGUUCUAAAAUAUUAUGUACAGUUUUAUUUAAAAUAUUUUAACAUAACGUCAUAUCACGUUUUGGAUUUCCUUGCGCUUCGCCUCAAAGUCUUUCGCUAUCUGUCUCCUGGUUUUGGUUAGAUUUCUGUGCCCGACACAGUCUAGAUUUUCUACAUAGCAUUUGGUCCUACAGCAUUGCCGACAUAAUUUAUAUUCGCAUUUAAAACCCUGCAAUUUGAAACCAUGCAUUAUAAUCUCUAAAAUGCUACGUUAUUUGAAAAGAUAUUGACGAUUUUUAUUAAUAAAUAAGAAAAGUUAUGAGAAGAUAUAACUCAACGGACCAGAGGAUUCGGACAAUCGUGGCAUCGGUCUGAACUUCUUUUAGGAGCCGAGGUCGUUCUAUUCGGCCGUCGUGCUAUUCGCUUAAGCUUCUUCGAGCGUUUUCGCGAUAUUUCGUUUCCAUCCUCAUCCUGAUAUUUCCUUUUCUGAGGUGCGCCUUCCUGAAAAAAUUUUCAUUCUCAAACUAAUGUAUCUCUCGCCGUCGGUAGAAUGAUUUACCUGUAAUUUAUGCAUAUGCUCUUGCGGCGGCUCACGCACAUAAGGUUGACACAGCCACGGUGGUAACACCAAAUUAUAAUCUGCAAGUUUCACAGGACAUAUUGUACAUACGAAUGGAAUAAACGCGGAUAAUAUUUCUUCA